UUCUAUCCACUCUGGUCUCUCCCCUCUGCUGGCCUGCCUGUCUGCCUGCCUUGCCAACUGAGCUGCUCAGUCUGACCUUACCAGACUCAUUUUAAAAAGAAAAGCUACUUCAAAAUGUCUUUCAAGACCCAGACAACUAUCAGAAGUUCUUCUGGCCCAAGGAACUUCAGCAGCAGAUCCUAUGGUGGAGCAGGUGGUAUUUCCUCCCAGAAGAGCUACACCGUCAGGAGUUCCUAUGGAGGUGCUAUCAACAGGGGCUUUGGAGGACCUGGCAUCACCAGCAGCUCUGCCUACAGUGUGAGCUCAGGCAUGGGUGGUUCAGGCCUUGGCAUGGGCUUGGGCAUGGGUGUUGGUAUGGGCCUCGGUGGUAGCAUGGUUGGUCAGGCUCCCAUCACUGCUGUCACUGUGAACAAGAGCCUUCUGGCCCCCCUGAACCUCGAGAUUGACCCCACCAUCCAAGCUGUGCGCACCCAGGAGAAGGAGCAGAUCAAGAGCCUCAACAACCGCUUUGCUUCCUUCAUUGACAAGGUCCGCUUCCUGGAGCAGCAGAACAAAAUGUUGGAGACCAAGUGGAGCUUGCUGCAGGGACAGACCACCACCCGCUCCAACAUUGACGCCAUGUUCGAGGCCUACAUCGCCAACCUCCGCAGACAGCUGGACAGCCUGGGCAACGACAAGAUGAAGCUGGAGGCCGACCUGCACAACAUGCAGGGCCUGGUGGAGGACUUCAAGAACAAGUAUGAAGAUGAGAUUAACAAGCGCACAGAAUGUGAAAACGACUUCGUCCUCAUCAAGAAGGAUGUUGAUGAGGCCUACAUGAAUAAAGUUGAGCUCGAGGCUAAGCUGGAGAGUCUGACAGAUGAGAUCAACUUCCUCAGGUCGAUCUAUGAGGAGGAACUGCGUGAACUCCAGAGCCAGAUCAAAGACACCUCAGUCAUUGUGGAGAUGGACAACAGCCGCAACCUGGACAUGGAUGCCAUUGUGGCAGAAGUCAGGGCUCAGUAUGAGGACAUUGCCAACCGCACUCGUGCCGAGGCAGAGACAUGGUACAAGUCCAAGUAUGAAGAGAUGCAGACAUCCGCCAACAGAUAUGGAGAUGACCUGAGGUCUACCAGAACAGAGAUUGCAGACCUCAACCGUAUGAUCCAGAGACUGACAUCAGAGAUUGAUGCUGUUAAAGGACAGCGGGCCAACCUAGAGGCUCAGAUCGCUGAGGCUGAGGAGCGCGGUGAGCUGGCAGUGAAGGACGCCAAGGCUCGCAUCAGGGACCUUGAAGAAGCCCUGCAGAGAGCCAAGCAGGACAUGGCCCGCCAGAUCAGAGAAUACCAGGAUCUGAUGAAUGUCAAGCUGGCUCUGGACAUUGAGAUCGCCACCUACAGGAAGCUGCUGGAGGGAGAGGAGGACAGACUGGCAAACGGCAUCAAAGCUAUCAACAUCUCCCAGCAGAGCACAAGUUACAGCGGCUUCCCCAUGGACAGCCUAAAGAGCAGCUACACAAGCGGCUACUCCAGCAGUUACAGCGGCGGAUAUGGCAGCGGUGCAAGCAGCGCAGGCGGUUACGGCGGCGGAUACAGCAGCGGCAGCUCCGGUGGCUACACCACCACCACCACCCAGAGCAAGAAGAAUGUCGUUAUCAAAAUGAUCGAGACCAAGGAUGGCAGAGUGGUGUCCGAGUCCUCUGAGGUCAUUGAGGAUUGAGCUGUCUAGUUUUGAGGUUUAGCUACCCAUCUGCUAUGAUCUCCUCUGCCUCUCUGGUAGUUUUAUACUCACAGUUCACCCAUCCCAACUAUUGUCAUAAACAAGUCUGAAGUAAAAUGCUUGCCAGCCACUCCCUAAUAGAGCCUAAACUUGUUUUUCAUGAAGCAAUAAGUGAUCCUAACACUACCAAAGAUCUGAAAGGGACCAAAGAAUUUAUUUUGUAUGUCUGAUGUCUGACUGUUCGUACUAAAAAAAAACAACAAAAAACGAGUUUUAUCUCAGAAAUGAGAUAAAAUCCGGGCAAAUUGCAAGGCGCAAAGCAAAAAUAUGUCUAUAUAUAUAUAUCACACUCCCUUGAAAUUCAUGCAACCGCUAUUCCAUACACAAAGGGCUAUUGUGUUGCAACAAACGGACAGUGGUGUUGUCAAAGGAAUGUGAAUGUACUGAAACAGUUCUUCAGUGUUGUUGGUCAACUAAUGUUUUCAGAUUGCCUGCUACAGUAGGUAGUGCAUGUCUUCCCUGUGCGUGUCUUGUAACUGAAACUGUUCGACCCCUUAGGAGGCUGCCCUCAUCAGACUGCUGUCCUGAGGUGCUGUUUUUGCUACCGAACCAAAUAAAGAUGCGUUUACUGAGAAAAAA